CUCCUUCCACUUCGCGGGAGAAGUUGUUGGCGCGAAUGGAUCCGGAUUCUUGCUAACGGGUUCAUCAGCCGGCCGACCCACCAGCUGCCAGUCCGCUCUUCAAUCUUUGGGCUGCGAUGGAUAUUCGGAAAUUCUUUGGGGUUAUACCAAGUGGAAAGAAACUUGUAAAUGAAACAGCAAAGAAGAAUGAGAAAACGAAGUCUGCUGAAGAAACUUUAAAAGCAAAGAAAGGGAUAAAGGAAAUCAAGGUAAAUAGUUCUUGCAGAGAUGAUGAUUUCAAACAGAAACAACCAAAGAAGAAAAAGAAUAUCAUCUAUGAUUCAGAUUCAGAAUCAGAGGAGACAGUGCAGGUUAAAAAGACCAGAAAGCAACCAGAAAAAAUGCCACGGUCUUCUAAACCUGGUAAAAUUCCGAGACGGGAUCCUGUCAUGUACAUUUCAGAAACAGAUGAAGAAGAUGACUUUAUGUGCAAGAAGGCAACCUUUAAAUCAAGAGAGAAUGGAGAAUCUGCACAUAGUUAUCUUGGAGCAUCAAACAUGGAAAAGACUGAAGAAAACACUAAGACCAUGAAUAAGCCUUUAUCACCAAUAAAACUUACCCCAACAUCAGUGGUUGAUUAUUUUGGAACUGCAAGUAUCCAAAGAUCAGAAAGGAAGAUGGUGUCGAGCAAAAGAAAAGAGCCUCCACAAAAUACAGCUAAUUCCAGGUUAAAUGAUGAAGCCAUCGCCAGGCAACUACAACUUGAUGAAGAUGCUGAGUUGGAGAGGCAACUGCAUGAGGAUGAAGAAUUUGCCAGAACGUUAGCCAUGUUGGAUGAAGAACCCAAGACCAAAAAGACCCGGAAGGACCCAGAAGAGAAAGAAACAUCUUCGUCUGUCCAAGCCAAUUUAAGUAGAACAGAAAAACAUAAAUGUCCUCGUAAAGUAAAAACAGAACAGUUCUCAGACGACAGAGUGAACUUCAGUCCUAAGAAACAAACUAAAUGUGAACAUUCAGAGGGAUCUCAGCCAUGUUCUAAGACAUCACCUCAUAAAGUAGGAGAACUCUCUCCAAAGGCCAGUGCUAAGCUAGCACUUCUGAAAAAAAAAGAACAGCAUUCUUACAAAGAGGUAGAGCCUGUGGGCUCAAAAAGAAAAGAAAAUGCUAUUGAAUUGAAAGGAGAAACAAAAACACCCAAGAAAACUAAAAGUUCUCCAACUAAAAAAGAGUCUACAAGUCCUGAAGAUUUGGAAAAGAAACGCGCUAAUUACCAAGCUUAUCGCAGCUACCUAAAUCGAGAAGGUCCCAAAGCUCUGGGCUCCAAAGAGAUACCGAAGGGAGCUGAAAAUUGCUUGGAAGGCCUUAUAUUUGUAAUCACAGGAGUGCUGGAGUCAAUUGAACGAGAUGAGGCCAAGUCUCUAAUUGAGCGUUAUGGGGGGAAAGUAACUGGAAAUGUCAGCAAGAAAACAAACUACCUUGUCAUGGGCCGGGAUAGCGGACAGUCCAAGAGUGAUAAGGCAGCAGCCUUGGGAACAAAAAUUAUCGAUGAAGAUGGCUUAUUGAAUCUGAUUCGAAAUAUGCCAGGCAAAAAGUCCAAGUAUGAAAUCGCAGUUGAAGCUGAGAUGAAGAAAGAACAGUCCAGAUUGGAAAGAACACCCUCAAAAAAUGACCAAGGAAAAAGAAAAAUUAGUCCAAAUAAGAAGGAAUCAGAAGCUAAAAAGCGCAGGCUGACUCCCAAAAGGGACAGCUCUUUAAAGUCAAUAAAAAAGGAAACGAGUAUGCUUCGGAGAGACCUGGACUUUGAGGAGCAAGUGGCUGAGGCGACACAUGUGGACAGUGGGGCUAGGGAUUUGGCUGAUGACAGCAGUGGACCCAGAGUGGAAACUUUGCUCUGGGUGGAUAAAUACAAGCCAACUUCGCUCAAGACCAUAAUUGGACAGCAGGGUGACCAGAGCUGUGCCAACAAACUCCUGCGCUGGCUUCAGAACUGGCACAAGGGUCCAUCUGAAGAUAAAAGACACGCAGCAAAGUUUGGUAAAUUUGCUGGCAAAGAUGAUGGGUCUAGUUUUAAAGCAGCAUUGCUCUCGGGCCCUCCAGGGGUCGGCAAAACCACCACAGCUUCCCUGGUGUGUCAGGAAUUGGGAUAUAGCUAUGUGGAACUGAAUGCAAGUGACACUCGGAGUAAGAACAGUUUGAAGGAGGUUGUUUCUGAAUCACUGAAUAACACCAGCAUCAAAGGCUUUUAUUCAAGUGGCACCGGCCAGUCAGUCAGCACCAAGCACGCUCUCAUCAUGGAUGAAGUAGAUGGCAUGGCAGGAAAUGAGGACCGGGGAGGAGUUCAGGAGUUAAUUGGUCUGAUAAGACAUACGAAAAUUCCCAUUAUCUGUAUGUGCAAUGAUAGAAACCAUCCUAAGAUUCGUUCUUUGGUUCAUUAUUGUUUUGAUCUUCGAUUUCAAAGACCUCGGGUUGAACAGAUUAAGGGUGCUAUGAUGUCUAUUGCAUUUAAAGAGGGUUUAAAAAUUCCCCCUCCAGCUAUGAAUGAAAUAAUUUUGGGAGCUAAUCAAGAUAUCAGACAGGUUUUACACAAUCUGAGUAUGUGGUGUGCACGAAGUAAGGCACUAACCUAUGACCAGGCCAAGUCCGAUUCGAAUAGAGCCAGAAAGGAUGUCAGACUGGGCCCGUUUGAUGUUGCCCGGAAAGUGUUUGCAGCCGGAGAGGAGACUGCUCGGAUGUCGCUUGUGGACAAGUUGGAUCUCUUUUUUCAUGAUUAUUCAGUAGCACCACUCUUUGUCCAGGAGAACUAUGUGCACGUGAAGCCUGUGGCCGCGGGGGGCGACAUGAAGAAGCACUUGAUGCUGCUGAGCAGAGCAGCCGACAGCAUAUGCGACGGUGACCUAGUGCACAGUCAGAUCCGGAGUAAACAGAACUGGAGCCUCCUGCCCACACAGGCUGUUUAUGCCAGUGUCCUCCCUGGAGAGUUAAUGAGGGGGUACAUGACUCAGUUUCCCACCUUUCCGAGCUGGUUGGGAAAGCACUCGUCAACGGGCAAACACGAUCGUGUUGUUCAGGACCUGGCUUUGCAUAUGAGUCUCAGAACGUACUCCAGCAAAAGGACUGUAAACGUGGAUUAUCUGUCACACGUAAGGGAUGCACUUGUACGGCCCUUGGCCUCCCAAGGGGUGGAAGGAGUGCAGGCUGUUGUUGCACUCAUGGACACAUACUAUUUGAUGAAGGAAGACUUUGACAAUAUCAUGGAACUUAGCAGCUGGGGAGGCAAACCUAGUCCCUUUUCCAAGCUGGAUCCCAAGGUCAAAGCAGCCUUUACCAGAGCUUAUAAUAAGGAGGCCCACCUUACUCCAUAUGCGCUUCAGGCAAUAAAGACAUCUAGACGCAGUAUAGGUCCAGUGCUGGAUUCUGAGUACAGCGAAGAGUUAAAUGAAGAUGAAUCUCAGUCCGAUGAGAAGGACCAAGAUGCUGUGGAAACCGAUGCUAUGAUCAAGAAAAAGACAAAAUCUUCAAAGCCUUCAAAACCAGAAAAAGAUAAAGAGUCCAAAAAAGGAAAAGGAAAAAGUCUGAAGAAAUGAAACUGUUUCACCACUGACAACCACCUUUCACUCACCCUGCUGACCAGUCCAGCUGGUGUAAAGAAAGCCUUACUUUUUCAGAGGAACCAUGUUUUGGCAAGAAUGGGAUGACCUGUGGUCCCAUUAUAAAUAAAUGGUGAUAGGGCUAGAAGGAUGUAACCGGUAGGCUAAUGUACACCUCUUAUAGAGGUUGAUAGCACUGUCCCUUGUCAAUCUAAUCAGAUUGUUCUUCCAAAUUACUGUGUAUAAUUAAAACUGGAAACUAAACAUGGGCUUUGGAGUUGGAUUUUAGUUAACAGUAAUAUGCCUUGGAACAUUAGUAC